GAUAGCUUUUGCCAUAUUGUGUCAAGCAACGAAGACGGGAAAAUUACGCUGUGAAUAAAUCGUGCAAUAAAACAUAAAAUAAAGUGAGAGAAAAGUGAAAAAACAAACAUUUGUUACUUGCAACGUGCAAAACAAGCCAAACCAAUUAUUUUUGUGAAUUUAUAACGUUUUAAUAGCAAGAAAACAGACCUACAGUGUUGCGUCAAUCUCAACGUUGCCUUAUAUGUCCAAGUCGCGUGCAAGUGCAAAAGCCGUGCAGCUAAAGCACGAGUCAACUGAGGAAGAGGAGGACACGGAGGAGCAGGACCAACUAGAGCAGCGUAGGCGUCGCAACAUGCAUACAGCUGGCAAUGAAACAGUCGGUGGCAGCGGAGUGCCAGCCUUUUUGGCAAAACUCUGGCGUCUCGUUGAUGAUCCGGAUACCAAUAAUUUGAUUUGUUGGAGCAAAGAUGGACGCAGUUUUAUUAUUCAAAACCAGGCACAAUUCGCUCGUGAGCUGUUGCCGCUGAACUACAAACACAACAACAUGGCCAGCUUUAUACGGCAGUUGAAUAUGUAUGGUUUUCAUAAGAUAACAUCGAUUGAAAAUGGUGGCUUACGCUUCGACCGCGACGAAAUUGAAUUUUCUCAUCCUUGCUUCAAACGCAAUUAUCCUUAUCUACUUGAUCAUAUAAAACGCAAGAUAUCAAACACAAAAAGCGUGGAUGACAAGAGCGUGCUAAAGCAGGAGACAGUUUCCAAAGUGCUAAGCGAUGUUAAAGCAAUGCGUGGACGUCAGGACACCUUGGAUUCACGUUUCUCUGUGAUGAAACAAGAGAAUGAGGCAUUGUGGCGUGAGAUAGCCUCGCUACGUCAGAAACACGCCAAGCAGCAACAGAUUGUCAACAAGCUUAUACAGUUCCUCAUAACUAUAGUGCAGCCAUCGCGUAAUAUGUCCGGCGUAAAGCGGCACAUGCAGCUGAUGAUUAAUGAUACGCCGGAGAAUGCGCGUCAGCGUCAGCGCAAUGCCAGCGAGUCGGAAAGUGAGAGCGGCCCAGUUAUACAUGAGCUAAGCGAGGAGCUGCUUGAGGAGGUUAUGCAUCCCAGUACACCCAGUCCCUAUGCCAAGCACUAUGACGCCGAAAGCGCCUCUCCAGUGGCCAUGGAACGUCCACGCUCUAACAUGAGCAUCAGUAGCUCACAAAACUAUGAUUAUUCGAAUCAAAGCGCUGAUGAAUUUAUUGCCACUCAAUUGCUCAAUGCCGCUGAGGGCGCCAACAAUAGCGUACCACGCUCACCGGCUGGCCAACAAGUUCUUUAUACAGUGACCGAGGCGCCGGAAUCUAACGCGCCCGAAGCACAGCAUAUGCAACCCAGUCCUCAAAGUCCCUAUAGCGGCGAUGAGCAGCACAACGUUCUUACCACACCCAUGGUGCGUGAACAGGAGGCACGCAAUCGUCAGCUGCUCAAAGAGAAGAACAAACAGCGUCGUCGCGCUGCUGAGAUAAGUCAACCUCUUCAAUUCGAUGUGGAUGUCUCACCUAAGUCUUUGAGAACAACGCGUGCUCAAUCUAAGCAACAGCAGCUUGGCAAUGCAAAUGCAAUGCCGCAGCCCUUGUUAGUAAAAACAGAAUCGGAGCAUAUACCCGAUCUAUUGGAUCAAACCGAAGUUGCUGGCAAUGCGGAUCUUUAUAAUGUCAACUUUAUAAGCAACGAUAUGCCCACAAAUAUAUUUCAGGAUGAUUCAAUAUUGUCUAGCAGUGGCUUGGAUGAGCAGGCAGCCAAGUUGGAUCAGCAGCAGCAGUUUGGACUUACUACGGUGAACAAUGGAAAAUUUGCUAAUAUGCCUAUGCUGGGCAAUGAAAACAAUUCGCUGUUGGUUGAUGCUAAUUUGGCUUCAACUUCCAAGGCUGCUACAACAGUCAAGGACUGUGAUGAGUCACAACAACAAACACAGCAGACACAACCACAGCAACAACAACAACAGCAGCAGCAGCAACAACAACAACCAAUGGCUGUAACCAAAUAUUGCGGAGAUGAUGCACGGUUGAGUGAACUUUCAGUAGCUGAGCAACGCCAGUGCCGUUGCGAUCCGAAAGCCCAUAAUAACAAUAUGCCUUUAUCUUGUUGUGGUUGCAGUGAUGAAGUCACCGGUCAUUUGGAUAAUAUGCAAGAUGAGCUGGAAUCUCUAAAGGACCUACUGCGCGGAGAAGGCGUCUCUAUUGAUCAAAACAUGUUAUUGGGUCUCUUUAACGAUUCAGAUGUACUGGACAAUUAUGGUUUAUCGUUUCUGAAUGAUAUGGCUGGCGAUAAGAAAGCAAACAGCGGCUCCGAGUUGAUUAGUUAUCAACCCAAUAUGUAUGAUCUGUCGGAUAUAUUGGACACAGAUACGGAUAAUAACAAGGACAGCACCACGGGUCGUCAGCUGCAGACUCAAAGCUCAGUUCUAAAUACACCGCGACAUGACCCGUAAACCUUAAGAUCCUAAGAUCAUCUAUUUGCAUAGUCUUAAUACGUUUAGCAGUGCAGCUCAGACGAACAAAUUGUUGAUUUCACAUAGGGUAGAAAUUUACCCAUUUAUUAACGGUUCUAGUUCUUAGUUUAGAGACUGACGAAAAUAUGUCGCCUAAAUAUUUCAUUUAUCUAUAUAUAUAAA